AUGGUCGUAGCGGCUCUUAUCCGAUUUUUGAGUCAACUCAAUCUAUUCAAUACUUAUUCAACUGAUGCAAGAACAGUGCACCGUGAAAUUGUUACUACGCGUAUUUAUAUUAUCCUGUUGACAACAAGUAUUGUUGUUCUCAUGGUGUAUGCAUCUCAGAAAACUAUUUUCCAUGCUGAGUUGGUGGUUAAACCAUCUUUCGACGUUUACGAACGUCUUAGCGCUACUUAUUCGGAUACAUUAUCAUGUCCAUGUACUGAAAUUUCUGUGCCCUUUUCGGUUUUUGCAAAUCUAACGUACAUCUUUCAUGAAGUGUGUUCAAGUGAUUUUGUAUCGGAUGCAUGGCUUUCUUUUCUCUAUAAUGAUAAGGCCAGCUCUUAUCCUACAUUCGAUAUUCGGUCAGUGGGUAAUUCUCAAUUUCAACUUCUACGCACUCUAUGCGUCUCCUCCAAGCAAGCCAUUAUGAAUGCAUUAAAAGUAAAUCUCGCGUCUGUGACACUGGUUGAUAGCCGUGGCAGUGUUUUAAAUUCGAAAUCAUUUCGUGUUCAAGUUGAAUCACUUACAAGCGAAUUCAUCUUAAGAAUUCGUAGUGUCCAGCGUCGACAACGAGCUUUCUUUGCGAUGUUGAUCGAUCGGAAUAGUAUGUUAACUGCAUUGGAAACCGCUGCUAUACCUUUCAUUAGUUCGACAUUCAAGUUAGAAAUGCAGAUGGUUAUACACCGCAGAGUCUCUGUAAUGUCUUUUAUUGCGACGUAUAUGGAGUGCAGUUGCGACGCAACUUAUUCAUGCAUCUCGAUGUUAGGCAUAGCAACGAACGAUAUACAUAAUUCACAUGAACUAGCUCUUAACGAUUCAUACGGGCUAGAGCAUUAUAAUAUCGGUUAUCUUGCACAUGUGAAUGGUUUCUUAUCGGGGUGCUUGCCGUUGCAUUCCCUACUUCUAUCAACACUUGAAUGCUACAGCAAUCAGAUUUGCCUAAAUAACCUGAUGGCUCAUUUACCUUCUUCCAACACUUUAUUCAAUAUUCUCAAUAUGAAUGACUCGAAGAAUUUUAUUCCAACUACUCCUAUUGAUACGUUGAUCGAUAAUCUUAUGAUAGACGAGUGGUUGACUGAGAUGGACUAUCACAGUUACUUUGCAGCAUGCCGUCCGCUAUCGUGCUCUUAUUCCUACACAGUAAGAUUCAGCAUUCUCUACAUUGUCACAACACUUUCGGGUCUUUGUGGUGGGCUCAUCGUUAUACUUCGUUUUCUUUGUGAAGUACUAAUGACAAGUUUUUAUCGAAUACGAGAUAGAUAUGUACGCAGACUUGAACCUCCUGUUGCUGAAUCUCCGCGACUUGGGCCUCGUGUAAUAUUUUAUGAAUGGAUUUGUUCGUUGUUCAAUCGUAUUCGAAAUGCUUUACACAAUCUCAAUCUUUUCGAUCGUCGGAACAGCGAUGCUUCUGCUAUUCAGGAGCAAAUUCUCACUACGCGACUUUACAUCGGCUGUUUGUUUACUUCUUUAUUGAUUUUGAUUUUAGCGACUGGACUCAGUGAGCGAACAGUAAUAAAUACGGUAGUAUUACCACCGGUGGCAGAAUUUGAAAAGAUUGCUCAGACUGAAAGACAAACUCUAUCAUGUCCGUGUUCAGAAAUCGCAAUUCAAAACUCAGCGUUUAUAUCGGUUACAUAUACACUACAUCAAAUCUGUUCAAGUGAGCUUCUUUCCGAGGAUUCACUUGAUCGGCUAAGCUAUAUAGACCACAUCAGAUCUGCGUACUACCAUUUAGACAUUCGUUUAUACGGUUUGGACAUGUUUCGAGCGAUUAUCUCGUAUUGUAUUCUUUCCAAUAGUACGAUCAAUGAUGCAUUGGCCACUCUACUCGAUACUUAUUUGAUUACUACUGAAACACUGUCUCGUCAAGACUUUAAUGAGCAGACACAAGUGCUUAUAAAUAAUUUCCUAUCAAAUGUAAAGCAAACAUUCAAACAUAUGUCCGUCCUUGCACAUGAGACCACCCGAGGAAGUCAACUUCUCAGCAGUCGAGUUUCGAACUUUUUCUUGGAUGGAAUCUUUGACAGUAAUCAAAAUCUGAUAAGAGUACAAACACAUCUUGGAACAAUGUCAUCGAUUGAUGAUAUGUUACCGACUUGCUCAUGUGCACUUAAUAUGUGCAGUCAACUAUUGGGAUUCUUCAAUAGAAGUAGUAAUGGUUCCAAAUUCACCUUAAUCACUGAGAUUCCAGGCAUGUACAGUGCAUGCUAUCCUUUAGAUGGACUUCGGAAAUCAACACUCGAAUGUUGGUUCAAUGAGACCUGUAUUGAGAUUAUUAGUUCCAAUUUGACACCUUUCCCAGUGGACAUAUCAUUUGAUCCAUUGAAUACAAGCCGAUUGAUUCGGUUUUCUCCAAAAAGUACUCUUGGUAAUAUAAUUGAUGAAAUCAUGGUUGAGGAAUGGAGACAAACGAUCAGCUACGAAGCAUAUUAUAGAUCUUGCAAACCUCUGAAAUGUGUAUUCACAUAUACUCAGAGACUGGAUUUGAUUUACGUCGUAACUAUAUUAGCAGCUGUUUUGGGUGGUUUGUCAGUAUCUUUUCAAAUCGUCUGUUCAUGGCUCAUCAAGUUCUAUGUCCACCGUCGACGGACUAUCACUGUAUCAACUUCAAGUAAGUAUCUCAGUACUUGUUUUGUAGUUUCUACGUUUUAA